UCAGAGGAAGGGUCACCAGACCCGAAACGUUAAACUUUUUUUUUCUUCACAGAAGCGGCCAGAUCUGCUGAGCUUUUCCAGCAACUUCUGUUUUUCUGGUCAAAGGAUGGUUUUGAUCGAUCAAAUUCUGGGAGAGUUGAUUGUUUGGCUCGGACGGUCGUUUUGACUGGUCGGCUCUGGGAGCAUUGAUUGGUCGAUUUGGGCUGUAAUUUUGAUUGGUCAACAGAGGCAGCUGGGCCGCCUGCCAGUUUCGGGUCACUGAGCGUCGCUGUGUCUAACGUGUGCGGCCUAGGAAGGGAAGUCUACCCCGUUGCCAGAUCUCUAUGAAAACGUUAUAAAUCGAGCACUGUUUCUUUACUUUAAAGGAGUCGAGCAGGAUGAGUGCUGAACGUAGUCUGGAUGAUGAGGAUACUUUUAAAAUUUUGAUUGCAACUGACCUUCAUUUGGGCUAUUUGGAAAAAGAUGCCAUAAGGGGAAAUGAUACCCUUGUUACUUUUGAUGAGAUUUUAAGAUGUGCACAGGAAAAUGAAGUAGAUUUUAUACUGUUGGGUGGUGAUCUCUUUCAUGACAACAAACCCUCUCGUAAGACAUUGCAUACCUGUAUGGAGCUAUUGAGAAAAUAUUGCAUGGGUGGUAAUCCAAUACGCUUCGAAAUUUUAAGUGACCAGUCGGUUAAUUUUGCUUUUAGCAAAUUUCCAUGGGUAAAUUAUUAUGAUGGAAAUUUAAACAUCUCUAUUCCGGUUUUCAGCAUUCAUGGUAACCAUGAUGAUCCUACAGGGGCAGAUGCCCUUUGUGCCUUGGAUCUUUUGAGCUGUGCUGGAUUAGUAAAUCAUUUUGGUCGGUCCAUGUCUGUGGAGAAGACUGACAUUAGCCCUGUUCUGAUGCAGAAAGGAAAUACUAAGCUGGCGCUCUAUGGGUUGGGAGCCAUCCCAGAUGAGCGUCUCUACCGAAUGUUUGUAAAUAAGCAAGUUACUAUGCUUAGGCCAAAGGAAGAUGAAGAUAGCUGGUUUAACAUAUUUGUUAUUCAUCAAAACAGGUACAAACAUGGAGCUACCAAUUACAUUCCUGAGCAAUUUUUGGAUGAUUUUUUGGACCUUGUCAUUUGGGGACAUGAACACGAAUGUAAGAUAGCUCCGACAAGAAAUGAACAGCAGCUGUUCUAUGUCUCACAGCCUGGAAGCACAGUUGUUACUUCUCUUUCUCCAGGAGAAGCUGUAAAGAAACAUGUUGGGCUGUUACGAAUUAAAGGAAAGAAAAUGAACAUGCGGAAGAUUCCUUUGAAAACAAUUCGCCAGUUCUCUAUUGAAGAUGUUAUCCUUGCAGGUUGUCCUGAUAUAUUUAACCCAGAUCACCCCAAAGUCACACAGAAAAUAGAGGCUUUCUGUGAAGAGAAGGUGGAAGGAAUGUUGGAUGUUGCUGAAAGAGAACGUAUUGGAAAUCCUCGUCAACCAGAAAAGCCUCUAAUAAGAUUGAGAGUCAGUGUUGUUCGCCAUUUUCGUGAAACCCGGAGACAGAACACAGCUGAAGAAGAUGAAGAAGUUCAAGAGGCAAUGAGUAGAGCCAGAGCGCACAGAACUGAAGGAAAAGAAAUCUCAUCAUUAAUUAGUGAUGAUGACAUGGUCAUUUCUGAAGAAAAGGCUGCAGACUCUGAUGAAAGCAGUGCGUCUGUAGAUAACAGAGGGAGAGGCAGAGGUCAUGGAAGGAGCAGCAGUAGAGGCCAAAGCUCUUCCACAGCAAGAGGAGGAUCCAGAAGAGGAAGCAGGAGCAGUGGAAGAGAAACUGGCAACGAAAUAAAAGUCUCCAGCAGGACUUACAAAGCUCCAGUUGUUACUCCUGUAAAGAAUUUGUUAAUCAUGGAUGCUUUUAAAAGAUCGAGCCGGCGCCCAGCGCAGACUUGGCAUCAAAGUCCUUCUGAGGAGGUCAUAAUUGGUGAUGAUUCAGAUAUGGAAGAACCUUGUCUAUCCAGUUUCUCAAAACAAAAUCAGGGGAAUUCAAGCAGGUCAGGAUCUUUCAAUAGAAGAGGUUCUCAAAACCAGUCUAAAGGAGUAAAUUUUUAUGAUGACAAUGAUGAUGAGGAUGAAUUUGAUCCCUUUAAAAGUUCUGCAACCCUCAAAGGAAACAGAAGAUAACUAGUCAAACUCCCAUAAUGUGCUGAUGGCUUAUGUUCUGGAGCUUUUUGUUAACAGUUUCAGUGACAAUAAUUAUCUAAUGAAAGAUUUUUCAAAAUUGUUCUUGCUUAAACAUUUGUUACCUGACAGAGGUGGAUACCUGUCAGUGGAUGUGAAAACUUCAUUUUUGAUUUUUGCAUAUGUACAAUACUGUUUUCCAUUUAUAUUUCUAUAUUCAAUGUGAAUCAUUUUAUUAAAAGAAUACUGUGAUACCUGAAA